AUGGAAAAUAAAUACGAAACAGAUACUCUUGAUCUUGACAUUAAAGACUCUCUUUUACAAGAGACACAAGGUCUGGACGACCUUUCAGCUUUGGCUGAUUUGUGCAAUUCCACAAAUUCCGAUUUUUCAGGAGAUUCAGAGAAAAAUGUAACAAAACAAAUGGAUAACGAGUUCGAAAUGUUUGAAAGGACAACUUUGGAAGAAAGUUAUACUGAAGAGCAAAAUUCCAAAGUUGUUUCAUUGGAUUCUUUAUCGGGUAGCAUUGAAAAAGAAGUGAAAAACGACAAAGAUAUUGAGUCGCUGCGAAAUAGAAUUUCUGGGCUUGCUGCUACUAAAGCUGGAAUGCAAGGAGUCGAUAAGGAGAAAGUCAACCGAUUAAUUUAUGAAAGUUCGAAGGGCUCAGCAUUUUUUCAAAAUGAGAAAAAGAAGGAUGAAACAAUUUCCGAAAAGAUCAAUGAAAUGCUUCAAAAGUAUGAAGCUAUAAAAAAAAGUGACCUGCUAAGAGAUUCAAUUAUCGUAGAAUCUAAAAUAAAAGAAUUGGAGCAGUUACGCGACAUAACUCAAACAAUCGUCCACAUCGAUAUGGACGCCUUUUUUGCUGCCGUAGAAGAACGCGAUAAUCCGACACUUCGUGGCAAACCCAUGGCUGUUGGUAGUUUGUCAAUGUUGUCAACAGCGAACUACGAAGCUAGGAAAUUUGGCGUCCGUAGUGCGAUGCCAGGAUUUAUUGCAAAGAAACUAUGUCCUCUAUUAAUCUUAGUACCAUGUCAUUUCGAAAAAUACACGGAAGUUUCAAAAGAAGUACAGAAAGUUUUCGCACAAUACGACCCUCAAUUCUCUGCUAUGAGUUUGGAUGAAGCAUAUCUCAACAUCACAGAUUAUUUAGAUAGAACCAAACAGCAACCUGCUGAAGUUGUCCAAAAAAUUCGUAAUGAUAUAUUUUAUAAGACUCAAUUGACUGCGAGUGCUGGUAUAGCUCCAAACAAGCUGUUAGCAAAGAUUUGUUCAGACAUAAAUAAACCAAAUGGUCAAUAUCAAUUAGAAAGUAAUCGCAAAGUUCUGAUGGAUUUCAUAAAGAAUUUAUCUAUCCGAAAAAUAUCUGGAAUAGGGAGAGUAACCGAACGAAUCUUGAACGCGUUAGAAAUCAAAACAUGCGGAGAUUUGCUAGAAAAGCUGGUGAUUGUAUAUAAGCUUUUUACACCAACAUCUUUUAAUUUUCUUGCUCAGGUGGCUUUAGGCGUUGGUUCUACUGAUGUAGCAAUGGAAUGGAAUCGAAAGAGUAUGAGUGUUGAAAGAACAUUUCCACCUUUACAUAAAUCCCAAGAUCUGUGUAAAAAGCUUCGCGAAUUAGCAGACCUUUUGGAAAAUGAUCUUGCAAAAGAAAAUCUCGAGGGAAGAACCAUUUCCUUAAAAUUUAAAUUGAAGUCUUUUGAAUUGUUCACUAGAGCAAAGACUCUACCGAAAUAUAUUCAUAGCGCUGAUGAUUUGUAUAAAUACGGAAUACAGAUUUUGGAGGCUGAAAUGCCACUUGAUUUGCGAUUAUUGGGACUUCGCCUGGCAGCAUUGAGAGAUAGAAACGAUGAAUUAAAAUAUGGUGUUAAAAAGUAUUUUCUGGUUAAAGAGGAAAAUCCAAAGAAAAAAUUGCGCUUAGACAUGCAAAAUUCAGAGAAUGACGCGUUGCAAGAAUCAACAUUUAAUACCCUUCUGCCAUCAGAUUCUUCUGAAAAUACGGAUACGCCGGAUAGCUUGGAACGUCCAACAUGUCUUGAAGGAUUGACAGAUAUGAAUCAAAUUCAAAUGUACCGUCAUAUGGAUCAAUGUUUGGAUCAAUUUACUUCGGGAUCUUCAAAACUUGCAUCUUCUAAUAUUAAAAUGAAGGCAAACACAUCACAUAAAGAUAAUUUGUCUGAGCACAAACUCACGGACAAGAUUCUACAACCAAAAGAUUCCCAAUUAUCUACCAGCGAGAUCAUCGAAACUUCAAAUAAUGAGGAUUCUGCAAUUAUCCAUUGGGAAUGUCCUAUCUGUGGCCAGAAAUUCAGUGAUUCAUCAGAACUACGUAUCAAUACACACGCCAAUGUUUGCUUGAAUAUGAAUAGUAAAAAGAAAAAGAAUAAAACUAGUAGCUCAAGUCUUUUGAAACGAACAACUCACUCGAGCAUUCAUAAAAAGAAUCCAAACAGGCGAAAAAGUACCAGUAAAUCGAGAAUCAAGAAUCUUUCCUUGCUCGAUUUUUUUGAAAAGAAUUCGAAUUCUUGA